UUGGCAUCAUUAUUCUCUUGGACGUUGAAGAGAAAGAGCAACGUCAUUCUCUCUAGACCAAGAAGGGAAAGAGAAGCGAGAUUGAUUUUAACGUGAUUUUUUGCAAGUUGGCGAAUAGAAAUAAGGAAAAGAAAAGUAGAUGUAAAUUUUUUGUUGUGUAUUGAAACUUCUUAGUACGAAAAGGAGUAUCUAAGAGGUUUUUGAAACUUGGCCAAAACGAAGGAAGAAAAAUAGAGAAGACAAUUUUAAACUUUAUUAGUCAAAGAAAUAGAGGAAAAAGAAGAAAUUUUGGCGUGUUUUGAAAGUUUCCUCAAAUACCAAAACAAGAAAAUAAAAGAAAAUAUUGACGGAUUUCCUAAACUUAAAAAAGGAAGAAAAGAAACAAGAUAAAUAGGAAAAGUAAUUUUUUUUUCUUUCUCGUGUGAAAUCCGAAAAUUAAAUUAGUGUUUUUGGGGUUUGUGGGAAAUUAUUUGAUAUUUACCAGAGUUUGAGAAAUUAAAGAGAAAAGAAAGAAAACAAGAGAAAAAGAGGAAGAAGAGGAGUGUCUGCUGUCAAUGAAAUAGAGAAAAGGAAAGAAAAAUAGAAAAAUAUAUAAAGAAAAAAAGAAAAAGAAAAGAAUGUAACAAACAACAACAACAACAACAACAACAACAACAACAACAACAACAACAUCAUCAUCAUCAGCAGCAAAAACAAGAUGGCGCCCACACUGGAGGCCAAGAAAGCAGUGUUAUUCCAUCUACUGAACCUUAACCUCCUACUGGACCUAGGAGUAGACCCCCCCGCUCCCCCGACCACCAUCCUGCCCCCCACCACCGCCCCCCAGUCCCAGUGCCACCUGGUGUAUGGGCAGACGAGAUGUUUCUCCAUGCAGUCCCCCUGGGUAGCUCCUUCCCGCCCCGUGUUACGCCCACCCCAGUCACCAGAGGAAAUUGGAACCACCUUUUCUCUAUUCACCCAACAGAACCAUACCGUGGCUGUGCCACUUGAUCCUGGCCGCCUCAGCACCAUUCUCGGGGCGCCCUUCGUACCAAACCAGCCCUUCAAGAUUGUCACUCACGGUUACUUCUCUCACGGAGCAGUAGCAUGGGCGCAGACACUGAAGGGGGAGCUACUGAGGGCGCAGGACCAGAACGUCGUGGUGGUGGACUGGAGUGUAGGAGCCAUGCCGCCAUACACUCAGGCUGUGGCGAACCUGCGUCUUGUGGGGGAGCAGCUGGCUUACCUCAUCUACUCCCUCAAUCAAUUCGCAGACGUCCCAAUCAGCGCGUUCCACCUGAUCGGGCACAGUUUGGGGGCACACCUUAGCGGGCAGGCGGGCACCAUCUUGCAGCGAACGUAUGGCCUGAAGGUGCCUCGUAUUACUGGCCUGGACCCCGCCGAGCCUUACUUCAACGACACACACCCCAUAACGAGACUGGAAACCUCUGAUGCUGAGUUUGUUGAUGUUAUUCAUACAGAUGACGCAGCUAUUCUUGGCUUCCCUCUUAGUAUUGGAAUGACACAGCCUAUUGGACACCUUGACUUCUUUCCCAACGGAGGCAGUCAACCGGGAUGUGAUAAUGGGGCACUCAACUGUCACCACACGCGGGCCAUCACUUACUUCACGGAGUCCAUCAGGCAGUCUUGUCCCUUCAUGGCUGUUGCUUGCCCCUCCUACCAAAAGUUCCUUGAUGGUGAAUGUUGGGGGUGCAAGGGGGCCCACACCUGCUCCCCCAUGGGUCUGGCCGCCUCCCCCAUCAUGGUGCCCCCUCGGACAUCCCUCUACCUGGAGACUGCAGGCCAGAGCCCCCAUUGUGGGUAUCACUACAGGGUGAGUGUGACGGUGAGCAACAGCAGCGAGGCACGGGCACAUCUUGGGGAGUUUGCGAUAACCCACGUCAGGUUGGAGGGACACAAGGAUUACUCCCCCGUGCUCAAACUCUCCACACAGUCCCACUACUACGAGGCAGGAACCACACAGCGUCGAGUGAUCUUAACGAGAGACAUUGGCAAGCUGCAGACACUCACGCUACACUUUGAGGACCCUACUUGGCUGCUUCCUCGUUUCACUACUGGUGUUUACAUUGAGUCAGUCAGCGUGGAGCCUCUUGGAAGGGACGUAAGGUGGCGGUUCUGCUUCGAUGAGCCCUUCCAGAGACUCGACAGAGAUUACAAGCUGACCCUCAAGAACAUGUGUUGAACCAAACCCAACACAAUCCAAUCUUAACCUAACCUAACCUAACCUAACCCAACCCAACCCAAACUAACCUAACCUAACCUAACCCAACCCAACCCAACCCAACCCAAACUUAACCUAACCUAAUUUAACUUAACCCAAUCUAACCCAACCCACAACUAACUUAAUCUGACCUAACCUAAUUUAAC